AUUCUCUCCGUGCAUGGGAAUUGUAGGAAUAAUCGCCACGAGCUCCAUAGGUGGGCGAGUGACGCGGCACUUGGGAAAGAAAAACGCCUUAAAUAAUAACAGGUGCUGUUUCGUGACAGACGCUCAUAAAAAAUUCCUAAUGACAAUGCAUGCGGCCGGCUGAAUUAAUCAAACGGCGACGCGGCGCAUCUAAAUUUGAUUGAUUGAUUCUGCUAAGGCAUUAUUUGGUGUCGCCUUGGAGACGGCUCGAAACUUGUCCGGCAGCGACAAAAAAGCAAUAAAGGCCGAUCCGCCCGGGUAUACGGGGCUUAAUUUCCGUCGAGGAAAGGUAGGUUUCUCCGCGGCGCUUGUGUUUGUUUAAUUGAAUUCAUUUUGCGUGCGCACUUGACUGCGUUGACACCUGCUUUGAGCCAGGGGACCCCUGGCACCGCAGCGGCAGCCGCCUCGCCGCCACCGCUGCCGCCGCCGCCGCGAUGGCAAUCACAUUAUCUCAUUCCGCCACUAACCAUGGCUCAAAGCGGGGCGAAGGUUGCUGCCCUUGCGCGGAGGAUGGCCGGCAGGAAGAAGGGUGAGGCCACCCAGUUGCAGAUCGAGGUCACCACCGAGGAGGAAUGGGAGAAGCUGCUCCAGAAAGAGGGGCUCGUCGUGAUUGAUGUAUACUCUGGGUGGUGCGGCCCUUGCGUGGGAAUGCUGGGAAAUUUGAAAAAGCUCAAACUAGAAAUUGGCGGCGAACUUCUGCACAUGGCCACCGCCAGAGCCGAUGAAAUUGAAACGCUGGCCAGAUUCAGGAAUAAGAGUGAACCAACUUGGAUGUUUGUCGCUGGUGGGCAGAUGGUGAACCUGAUGUUUGGCGCCAACGCACCAAGGCUGUGUCGCAUGAUUUUAGACGAACUGGCAAAAGAAACUGCCGUGCUCAAUGGCGAAGGAGAGAGGAUGACGAUCCCCUUCAACGAACUGACCCCGGAGGAGAAAAUUCGCAAAGAGGAGGAGGAGAGGCGGCGGCUGGAGGCGCAGGCCGCCGAAGAAGAGGCGACUGCGGCGAAACUGAACGCUCUGCGACUCCUGUCUUUGGCUCGACGGGACGUUGACCCUCUGCAUUUGGUGCUGCUGCCACCGCACGUUGUCACUGCAGGUCCAGAGACGGGCGCCUGGUUCGAACUUACGACCGCUUUGACUGAAGCAGGAGCUCUCAUUCUGGAGGAGCACCAGGUCGAGUUAGAGCCAGAGACAGCAAGCGCCGCUCUGGAGCUGGGUGCGGAGGGCAGCGAGGCGCGCCGAGAGUGGAGCAUAGCUCUGCAGUCCGGCCCUUGCGUAGCGCUGCUGCUGGGCACGUUGCUGGAAACGACAGAGCAAGGCGUCACGCUGGCCGAGCUGCUGAAGGAGCUGAUCGGCCCUCCGACCCCGUUGGAGGCGCCCCCCGAGAGCCUGAGCCACAAAUACAGAGACGGCGACCACAUCCCGGGCCUGUGGGCGCCCAGCGAGCCCGAGAAAAGGACGUCGGCCGUGGCGCUUUUGUUCCCAGAGCUGCAGGAGGCGGACGGUGGAGCGGCGCCCGUCGAAGUGGCCGUCGCCCUGUUCGAGGCGGAGCGGCAGCAGGAAAUCCUGUCCGGCCUGCAAGGUGUGGCCGAGAAAAUCCUGGCGGUGGCGCUCAGGCAGGUCGGAGGGCACGAGGAGACCGUGCUGCUGGGCGCGGAAAAUGCCGAGGGACGCCUCAUGGGAGAGAGGCUGGUGGUCGCGAUGCGGACCGAUGGCGAGGAAAGAGCCGAGGCCUUUGAACUGCUCACUCCCCUCUACGUGAGUCCCGACCCAGUCAUGGGUGUCAGGGAUUUUCAACUUUUAUUCCCAGCCACUGAUAAAAAGGACGACGAGGAGACCGACGCCGAAGAGGCCAAAGAUAAGCAGGAGCCACUCGUUGAGGAAUAAAACCGAUAUAAAUUCAGAUUUGCAAAACACGUUUAGUCACGAAUUAUUUACAUCAUUUAAAGCUCUAGUCUUAUAUAUACACUGUGAUUUAGAUUGUAAUAAAAGUACGUGUGUAUUGUA